AACAAUAGCGAAGCACUCACUGAAGAAGAAGACACACUGACAAAUCUCAAAUCGGUCGCGAAGCCGCCUGCAUCAUCCGCCAGCCGAGCCAGGAACCGACGAGCAGAACCGGAGGGAAAAAAUGGCGUUCACAUUCGCGGCCUUUUGUUAUAUGCUUGCCCUGCUGCUCACGGCGGCGCUUAUCUUCUUCGCUAUCUGGCAUAUAAUAGCAUUUGAUGAGCUGAAGACUGACUACAAGAAUCCUAUAGAUCAGUGUAACACUUUAAAUCCGCUGGUGCUUCCAGAGUAUCUCAUCCAUUUCUUCUUCUGUGUGAUGUUCUUCUGUGCGGCUGAGUGGCUCACCCUCUGUCUCAACUUGCCACUGUUGGCUUAUCAUGUCUGGAGGUAUAUGAGCAGACCUGUGAUGAGCUGUCCAGGACUCUACGACCCGACAACCAUCAUGAAUGCUGACAUCCUGGCGUACUGUCAAAAAGAAGGCUGGUGCAAACUGGCUUUCUAUCUCCUGUCAUUCUUCUACUAUCUCUAUGGGAUGAUCUAUGUUCUGGUGAGCUCUUAAACCAGACGAUGAAGGAGAAGGACCUGCAUGUACAGUAGAUGACCAGACACUACGAUCUUAGUGCUGGAACACUGGACUGCUGGAGACACCGUUCAGCAACACAAGACGCCAUUUCAAGUGGACGAACUCUCGAACCCCCACACACAGCGCAGAGUGUCAUUUUGGAAACAUUUAGCCCGUUGUAAGAGAAUAUCUUGGUCGCAGCAUUGUUUUCAUAACACUAUAGUUUAAAUUUUAUGGAAAAUAAGGACAAACCUGAAUGGACAAGUUUUUUUUUUUUUUUUUUCUCCAUUAUUUUUAAAUGGCGUGGUGAUUUUUGAUGCUUGGGAUUUAAAUAAAGUUUUUUUUUUUCCCAUCUUGGUUCCCAACUUUUGAGUCUCUACAGGUUAGGCAGACAUUAUAUUCAGGUAUUAAUUGAUCUGAGAAUCUAAGCUGUGCGCUGAAUUGCAUUAGCUUUUUCUGCAAAUUAGAUUCUGGGCUUGAACACCUAAUUUAUACCUGCCACGUGAUUCAUCACCAUCACUAAAACAAAUAGCAAAGUGCAAACCAGACUUCUGUUCUUGCCCACAGAUACAUAAGGUCUUAAAAUUACCAUUAAAGUACAGCUAUGUGCCGUGAGGGCUGGAGUGCAUGGUUUAUUAUCACUUAGUGAAACAUGUUGCACAGGGACAAUCAUAGUCUGGUUGUCACAACAGCAGUUUUCAAACUGUCUGAUGUAUUCUUUCCAUACUUCAGACCUAUCUAUCACAUUUAAAUCGUGUAAUCCCUGUUGAAAUAAAUGGCAAUAUUUGUUUUCUUAAAUGUGAAUCCAGAGUAGAAAGCAAAACGUGUACGUGACCUGUAUUUCUGUAGAAUCGCCCUUGCAGCUAUUGAUAAAUUUAAAAGGUAGACUCAACAGUACAAGAAUAUUUUCAGCAUUAGGAAGCAACAGUACUUUGUAAUUCUCUGCUUUCUGCAUUUGAGCUUUGGUAGAAAAACUGCUGAUAUGCCAUACUGUUGAAUGUACCUUUUCAGAUUCCUGAUUGUUUUUGUCAUUGUGGAUUUUUGUUCAUUUCAACGCCAAAUAUUCCACAUCAUUAGGCAACCCAGUGUUUAUUUAUUCAGUGUUUUAAUUUUACUUUUUAUGUCUCCACAAUAUCAAGCACUCCUCGCAGUUUUCCAGAAUCAAAAUCUGGAAAGUGAUGUCUGUGCUUCUUUAGAGUCAAAGCCAUCAGACUUAAUUUUUCAGAAAUUCUAGAGUAUAUGCCAUUUUCAAAUGUGUAAAUUUAUCAGGGAAGGGGAUGAUCAUUUGUCACAUAAAAAUAGAAUUUUUAUGUAUUAGAUCCCAUCAUGUCACAUCUAGGAAAUGAAAACUUGAGUUUCUUUGAAUCUAAAUAAAACUAUCCCACUCUUAA